UGAACUGAACUGGCGUGAGCCGAGCCAUGGCUGGAGACGCUGCAGGUCAGCUUGCACAAGGCGAGCUGCCCAUCGAUGUAGCCGUGGAGCUCGAGCGAGCCCGCAGGCUCAGCGACCGCUUCUCCCGUCAAGCCCACGAUGAUGGGGAACUUGCACGAGAGCAGCGCGCACGGCGCCUGAGCACCGAGUUUCUGAGUACCAGUUUCGGCAGCCUGCUGGGCAAGGCCAACGAAGGAAUUGCUCGGCUGGAGGAGACGUUGGAGCACCACAGGCGCGACCAGCUCCAAGCCCUGGCGGCGCAAGAGCCCCUCAUGGAGGCGUCGGGCCAGCCUGGCCCGGGCCCUGCGACGCCUCUGGAGAAAGCGUUGCAGAAGACGCUCGAGGAUGUCUCGGUGAAGUCGAUCUUGGACAUCCGCACCUGUGGUGCUGGCGUCGUGCUCGCAGAGGCAACCGCGACUGCCGCCUUAUGCGCUGUGGCGAACAUCGAUGACACGGUGCCCCUGAGCAUUCACAGCCUCGACCCAGAUCGGCCGUGGGAGAAUGCGCUGCAGAUGCUUGCAAAGCCCGGCCACGUCAUCAACACGCUGCGCCGCUUUCCUCAGGCAGUGGCUUCCAAAAAAGUGCCAGAGGAGAACAUGGUGGCGGCGCGGCACUACUUGUCCAUGGCCGGCACCGGCCACCUCCCGGCGGUUUCGGGGCUGCAGCGCUGGAUCACGGCUGCCAUCGAGCUGUGGGAGGCUCCUCCAGUGCCCAAAGCGCGAGUAGAAGUGAAUUUCAAGGCGCGGGAUUUCAAGCCCCUGCGCUCCGGCGAGGUGCGGCGUCCCAUCGCGGGCCAAAAGCUCAGCCCACGAGUCACCGUGCAGCAGAAGGUCACAGGCCGGCCGCUGCGGCCAGUCCAGCCAGCGACGCAAACGCAGGCACGAGAUUCUCGCGGGGCGCAGAAUGGCUCAGGCGACAGCGCAGCCCGUACGAGAUCAGCCCCUCGGGCCAAGAGCCAAGACCAGCGGCGGCAAACCUCGCCGCGGCAGCCCUCUCCGCGGCAGGCCUCGCCGCGCCCUGCCGAGCGCCGUCAGUCGCCACGGCCACGCCCUGACCGACCAGAGCGGCCGGCAGAGCGGCCAGCAGAGCAGCCGGCAGAGCGGCCGGCAGAGCGGGCGGAGCGAGUGCGGACUGAACGGGAGCGAUCACAGCGGCCGGAGCAAGACCGGGCCCGGCUGGAGCGAACCACUGAGCGGCCGCAGACGCGGCAAGUGGAGCGACCACGCCCGGAGAGAACUGAGCGCCCAGAGCGUGAUCGACCGGAUGAACGCCCCGAGCGCUUCGCCGAACGACGGCGUCAAGAGCGGGAGCGGAGUGUGGGCACCACCCCACGCACUGCAAGGACUACAAGGCCCCAGUCAGCACUGAGACCUGGAAGCGCUCGCCUGUCCACGGAUAUGGCACGCAGCCAGUCGCGCCUCUCCCCGCGAAGACCAGCCAGCACCAGCCUGGUGGGAUUGAACAGUUCCAAGAGCGCUUCGAUGUUAAGAACUCCGCCUUCGGCCACUCCAGGAUCGCCGCUCUCCCCUGUUGCUGAUUUGCCCUCCGUGGAGGAGCUGAAGCGCAUGAUCGAAGAGACCAAGAAAGAGGUCCGCGAGAUCAGAGCGGUUGAAUCAAAGACGCGAUGGCAGAUGUCGCGAGAGGAGCGAAGAGACAAGCUGGCGGAAACGAUCGCCUCCCAGAGCGAGUUGCGCGAGUGGCGCUGGAAGCAGGCUGAAGGCAUGAAAUCCGUGGCUGUGCAGAAAGCCCAAGAGGCCAAAGCAGUGGAGUUGAAGGAGUCGAAGGAGUUCGUUGAGUUCAAGCGGGAGAUCAAGUCGAGGAGCAAAGAAGAGGAUUUGAAUUACCAUCAAGAGGUCUAUGAGGACCACAAGAAGGAGUCUUCCUGGAAUGUGGAGAAGGCUCAAGAGAUCUUCAAGCAGGAGCAGGCCUUGGUGCGCGAGAAGGUGGAGAACGUCGUGCACCUCCGGGAGGAGAAGCGCCAGCAGGUGGAGCAGCAGAAGGCAGAAGGUACGCAGGAGAGGGAGCUACAAGAGCAUCUGGAGGUGGCGCAUUUGGCGAAGCAGCUGGCCGCCGAGAAGGACCGCGGCUUCUGGCGAACUUGCAGUUCAGCCGCGCCUGUCUGCAGGCGCCCUUGAGGAGGAGGUAGUCCACUGCGCGUGGAGUCCGUCAAUGUUUACAGGCUCAGCCUUGCACGUGCCGCGCGCCUUGACCUGGGCCGGAGCAUGUGGACGCCAAAGCGUGUGAAAAAAA